CCUCUCUCCCCUUCUCUAUUAAUUAGCAGUAGCAUCAAACAUGUGCACAAACUGUAUUUUGAUUUGGUUAACGUCUCCAAACCAGCACCCAAUGUUUUUGCUUUUUUUCCAGGAUUUUCUUUAUUCCACCUUUCCAAACUCAACAUGCAACUGAAUUGGGGGUCAAUUUGAUGUUCAUACAUUCUUGAUCGACCUUCAAUUUCCAAGUUUUCAGUCAAUUGGGUGUUUUUUUUUUUUACUAUUUUUGAGUACCGGAUUGUGGAGUUGGCGAUCGCCGGAGAAGAUAAGGGAUAAGAAUGAAGAGCGAAGAGCAAGCUCGGUAUCUGUUCGGGAUUUCGUUAUCGGAUAGAUCCAAAUGGAAGCAGUUCCUCAUUUGUUCUUCUGGGUUCUUCUUUGGUUACCUUGUGAACGGAAUCUGUGAGGUAUUUCAACAUUUUUCUUCCUUUGUUUUUCUUGUUUGGUUCCCGGGAAAAUUGAAGGAAAAACCAAACUUUGUGCCCUGUAUUUUGUCUUUUACUCGAUGGGGAUAACGGGCGCAAAAAUGUACAAGACACUGACGACCGUGUUCAUUUCAUUCGAGCAAUUUUUUUCCCUUUCCCUUUUCUUUUACUUUGAUCCUACAUUUCUGUUGUUCAUCUGUUUUCUCAUCAGCCAAACAGCGUUUUCAGACCCCAUUUUUUGAAAGUAGUUCUUUUUUUUCUUUUAUUUUUUUGUUUCAAAGAAAAAGACUUUACUGUA